CUGAAACAUUCGACGUGUUUCUCAUUCUCCAAAAUAAGCGCGUGAAUCGUAUCUAAUUAAAAAAAAAAAAAAAAGAAUUGGCGUUUUGCCUCCUUUCAUCAAAAAGCUUGCGUGAGCCAUCUUUUGCUCUGUUUGUUGAAAGCUCGAUUAGUUCGAUUCAUGGCGGAAUUGAGUCAAGCCGAUUUGGUUUACUCUCCUCGUUCGGUUCAACUAUGGAAUGUUUUGGUAAACUGGCUCGAUUUUUUCUAUCGGUUCUUUCUCAAGAUCCUUCGUGUUGAUGCUCAUCAUCAUUCACUUCUCUCUACCUCUCCUUCGACAAAGGAUGGUUUCAAACCUUUGUCGGUCCUCGAUUUACCGAAGAGUGAGACGGAAUCACCUGUUUCCAUUGAAAUCGCCUCCGAGAGAACCUCUACUGACGGCCAAGUCAGUACCAUCCAGAAACUAACGGUAGUUCUUGACUUGGAUGAAACACUAGUGAGUGCCUAUGAGACAUCUAGUAUACCUACUGCAUUACGUACACAAGCUAUUGAAGCUGGGUUGAAGUGGUUCGAGCUGGAAUGUGUAUCAUCAACCAAGGAAUGCAAUGGGAAGCCUAAAACCAGCCAUGUAACAGUGUUUGAGCGUCCAGGAUUGCACGAAUUCUUAGAACAACUCAGCCAAUUUGCACAUCUUAUUCUUUUUACCGCUGCCCUAGAAGAUUAUGCUAGACCUAUUGUGGAUAGAAUAGAUACAAAACGUGUAUUAAACCAUCGGCUUUAUCGUCCUUCUACGAUCAGCACGCAAUAUCGAGAUCAUGUGAAGGAUCUAUUAUGCGUUUCAAAGAAUAUGUGUAGGACUGUUAUUGUCGACAACAAUCCUUACUGCUUUCUAUUACAACCUUUAAACGGGAUUCCAUGUGAAUCGUUUUCCGCAGAACAGCCAAAUGAUACUCAGCUACUAGACGUUGUUCUCCCACUUCUUAAGCAACUUUCAGAAGAAGAAGAUGUAAGACUAGCGCUUUACGAUAGAUUUCACAUGCCUGAAUGGUUUGAGAAGCAAGGCAUACCACGCUCUUGCUGGACAUCAUCAUCACAGGAACACUAAGGCAUUGAAAUUUAUGUAUAGAAAUAUAGAAUAGACGGAGCCUGCUACGACGUCCAAACACUAUAUGUUCCAAUACUGGAGGAACUUAGGGCUAGAGACUUGUCUUAUGCAGUUAUGCUAAACUAGGUUCCACAUCUAUUCAUGGAGUGAGUCUGGAGUAAAGGGCAUUGGUCACUGUUUUUUUCCUAAUGAAGCCCCAGCUUUGCCAGAACUCAAGAUUGAUUUUGAGAGAUUGUACACGAAGUGUUGAAAGAGAGGGGAAAGCCAAGAAGGUUCUUGAGGCGCGGCUACAUUGGUGUAUAAUCUUGACAUCCCAGCUUGAAACAGGAACGCCAUACAUGCUUUUCAAGAAUUCAUGUAACCGCAAAAGCAAGAACUUCAAACAUGCGUGAUAGUCUGGUAGACCUACUGAUAUUGAUGUACAAAAGUCUUGCAGAUACAUUUUUCCAUUUGAAUCUCCAAAGGGCCAACAACUGAAUUAGGGUAUAUUUGAAAGUUGAAACUAUAUAUAACUUUGUACUACCAUGCACUCAAAGCAUCUUCAGAGCUUGCGGCAAGUGAUGGUGCCUAUGAGACAUAAAAAGGAUGAAAGGAAGCUAGUCCUGUGAGCAAGCAAAGCUUUUCAACCUUGGCUAUGGAUUUAUAUAUAAGCGGACCAUGAUAUAUUCUAAAUUUUGAUUGCUGGACUUACAUGAUCCGUUUCUUUAAGGUUUAGUUCCACUUAACCUUGGCGAAAAUCAUUUUAGGGAGGGAUAAACUACACAAUACUCGUAGCGAACACAAGUCACAAGAAAUUAAACAAAGUGAUAUAUGAAGCAGUGAUAUCCACCUUGGCUUCUUGCUAUCCUUAAGGAAAAAGAAAACUUGAUAGAUUAAUUUCGUGUUUAUAAAACCUGAAAACUCUCUUUAUUAAUGAUAACACCUUGUUUUCUUUUUAAGAACACCAAACAAAAAAAAAGAAAAAAAAAAACCCUAAAAACACUCACAUGCACACAAAACCAUACUAUGAAUUCGAGGUAGCUUUGGAUAUUCUUUUACUCAGCUUACCAUCUACAGGAUACUUAUGCCUAUUAAUAGCAAAGCAAAUCCGACGAGUCUUUUUGUGUCUAAACAUCCAAAUAGUGAGAAAAUCGCAAUGCAUCUUGAGAUCAUAUGCCUCCACGAACUCCCUCCAUCCCGCACUCUUCAAAACAGGUGUGUCCUGACGGUUACCCCACAUCUUGAACACCAUAUCAUGUGUACCAUGAGUCUUGACGUCAGGUCCAUACACUACAACAUCACGCCCAUCAAUCCCAAGUUUAUCUGUUUUUCCCAAAACAUCAUGGUUUUCCCCGGCUUCUUCCCUAACAGGAGCCUGCAGUGAUGAGCCAACACGUCGCUCUCCAUCAACUGCUUCCGAAACGGUUUGCUGCAAUCUCCCACCACAUCUGGAUCAGGGAAAAAUAUCGAUCUCGGAGGUUUUUCCGGCGUAUUGGCUUUCCAUUGGAGCAUGAGCUGUAGGGUUUCUUCGGAAUCGUCUUCCUUCACGGUUUUAUUCUUCUUACGACCCUCUUUUCUAUUCGUUUGGCUACACAUUUUCACUUCCAAUUCAUCCUCACUUACGAAUUCUUCUUCCUCUUCUUCGUCCUCUUCGUCCUCUUCUUCCUCAUCUUC